AUGUCACUUUUAGCAGAUUUGGUAGAUUUGGGAAUUGCCGGCUUUGGCUUUUUACCAUUAAGAAUAUUUCACGAUACCAUUGAUGAACUCGUCGAUUAUCCAUUUAUAGAUGAGAUAUUUCACGUACAGCAAGCACAGGCUUAUUGUGACGGCGACUGGCAGUACUGGAACUCUAAGAUUACUACACCGCCCGGCCUUUAUUGGUUAGGUGCCCUGUACGAUAAUCUUGUCGAUAGCACAUGCUCAUUGGAUGAGCUGCGAAGUCUCAAUCUUCUAGGAGGAGUCGUUCUUGCUGCUUUAGCAUACUACCUUCGGAGAAGAGUGCACAAUGCUGGUUUCAGCACCUUUUCCAUCUUGAUGAACCCACUUUUGAGCAUCUACUACUCGCUUUUCUAUACAGACGUCUGGUCUGCUGUUUUGACCAUUGGGGGAUAUUGCAUUGCCACAGUGCGGCCGUUUAAGAAAGAUAUUAUGAAUGCAGCUCUUUCUGCAAUGUUGGGAUUUGUCUCGAUCACUUUCAGACAGACGAACAUUGUCUGGACCGCGUUUUCCAUGGUUGCACUUCUAGAUUCAAUUGCAAAGGAUCAGAACUUGUACACGGGAGACUUCAACCAGGACAUGAAAGCUCUUGCACACUUGGCAGUGAGUAGGAUAGGGCUUCUUGUUCCAUACAUGCUUGUUGCUGCUGCUUUUGGCUUCUUUGUCUACAGCAAUGGAGGCAUCACUUUGGGCGAUAAAACAAACCACAUGAUCACAUUCCACGCAAUGCAACUAUUCUACUGUGCGACGUUUAUUACAGGAUUCACACUUCCACUAUGGUUCUCAUUCAAGAUCAUAGAAGAUUACAUCAAGGACAACUUGUUGUCGAAGAAGGGACUUUUCUGGAAUGCUAUCUGGAUUCCGUUAAUCGGACUCACAAUCAAGAAUUUCACUGUUAUUCAUCCCUUCCUGUUGGCCGACAACAGGCACUACGUCUUCUAUCUUGUCAGGCGGUUCAUCAUGCGAACAGAAAAUGCAAGAUACGAGCUUAUACCAAUAUAUCAUUUCUCUUGCUAUGUGGUCUGGAAGUUUAUCAAGCAAAGCUUCAGUGAGUAUAGUUCGUCGAACUCUUCUUUGGCCAUGUUCUUUGCCCUUAUCUGUUCAACUGCCUUGACUUUGGUUCCAUCUCCUCUCUUGGAGCCAAGAUAUUUCAUCAUACCAUUUCUUUUCUUCCGGAUGAUGAUCAAUCCUUCAUUCGACCCAAUUAUCAACGUUGAAUGGUUGAGAAAGCACAAUACUGCCAUCAGGCUUGUGCUUGAAGGAAUCUGGAUCUGGAUGUGGACUCAGGCUGUCUAUGUCAUAUUCAUCAGAUACACAUUCCCGUGGGAUUCCGAGAUUCAUCCACAAAGAGUCAUCUGGUGA